AUGGCCUGGGGCUACUGGUCAGCGAGCUCGGUGCAGGACCGCGGGCGGUCGCCGCGACGGGCCCCGCCGGACUCGGCCGGGAGUGGGGACGAGGACUACCCGCCCCCGCUGUCCCGGCGGCCCUCCCUGGCCGAUAUCGAGUUCUCGGGGCCGGGGGGCGCCAUCGCCCACGUGCUGGCCUCUGGGCGGGCCCCGCUGUCCCUGCCGCCCCCCGGCCCCUCGGCCGCCCCGCCGCCGCCGGCCCGCCACGAGUGCCUCAUGCACCACUCGGCCGCGCUCGUCCAUCACUACCAGUGCAGGGUCCACGACCUCUCCCCGUCGGACGAAGAGGAGGAACCCACCUACGCUACAGGUACUGUUGAUACUAUUGAGUAG